UUGACUGAGGCUGUGAUGGCGGCGGCAGGCCGGGGUCAGGAGCAGCACUCGGCGCGCUUCGUCUAUGUGACGCGCUUCGGCUCGCAUCAGUGCGGUGGCGUCCUGCAGCUGGGCGGCCGCGGAGCUCAAGGCCUUUGGGGUCAGGGGUCCAGGGCUGGCUGUCGCCAGGAGAAGCCGAGGGAAGCACCGGCGGUGGCGGGAGUCCAGGGUGGCAGUGAGUUGCCCUCCGGUUCCCGGCCUAGGGUCGCCACGACCCUUGGUGUGGAGGCUGCGGCCCCUGCCUCCUCCCAGCUGCGGACAUCGAGCGUGCGAAGCGGCACCAGACUGCCGGCGCCUGCAGGUUUAAUCCAGAAGGAUGCAGCUAAAAAGUUUGAUUUUCCCAUACCAUUGAAUGAAGCUUCCAAAAUAAUGAAGAAAAAGAAAAAGGUUUUAGUAUGGAAUAGAGUAUACAAAGUCAUUUCAAGAAUGCUUGAAGAAAAUGAAAAAUAUAGACACAGGCUGAAAUGCCAAAGGUUAUCUAGUGAAAGCUCAAAUUAUACAAGAUGAAUCUUCUUAUCUUCUGAUUAACCUAUCUUUGGAUGUUUCCCAAAGAAGAUUAUGAAGAACCUAAAGAUGAAACAUUAAAUGAAUCAUAAUUAUUUGUUAAUUUUGAUGUGUUUUAUUAGAAUUGGGACUUUAGUAGUUGAAUAGAAAAACUACCUUCUUUAUAAAUUAAUAGUAUUUCUUUGCUACUUAAUAAUACCUUUAGUUAAAUGUUGUUACCAUAUGCAU